GCGAACGAACAUCGAAGCGUUAUAAAAACAAAAACUGCUCGCUGGAAGAUGGGCAACGCCGGCUACACAUGCAUCCGUCGCACCUUUUGCUGGCUCAACAUCAUUUUGUGGCUUUGCAGUUGCGCCUUUCUCGGCGCUGGACUCUGGCUGCGCCUCAGCUACGAGGGCUACGCAACGCUGCUGCCGCAGCAUGCGGGCCUCAGUGCGGACACGAUCUUCAUGUGCAUCGGUGGCAUCGGCUUUGUGGUCAGCUUCUUCGGCUGCUGCGGGGCCUGGGUGCAGUCGCGCUGCCUGCUCGUGCUGUACUUCAUGCUGAUUGUGAUGCUGUUCAUGAGCGAGUUCCUUGUCGGCUCCAUUGCGUUCCUCUUCCGCGGCGGCCUCGGACGCACCCUGGCCAACGAGCUGCGCUUCGGCAUCGAGCGUCACUAUAAUGCCAGCGAUCGGGGCUCCCUGGUGGCACCGUCUGUGGCCGCCAUUUGGGACAGCGUUCAGCAGUCGUUUGAGUGCUGCGGCGUCUCGUCAUUUGAGGAUUGGUACGACAUUCAGUCAUGGAGCGGCAAGCGCUGGGUGCCCGACUCCUGCUGCCGUCAACUGUACGAUCAGCGCCAACUGCUGACGGAGGGCUCCGGCGACGGGCUGGGCGCGAUGCGUGUGGACUGCGGACGAUCGGAGAAUCCGUCGCUGUGGUGGGACAAGGGCUGCGCCCACUCGCUGCAGAACUGGUUCAACGGCCAGCUGAACGUGGUGGGCGCCAUCGGGCUGGGCAUCGCGUUCGUGCAGCUGUUCGGGCUGAUCACCUCGAUGCUGUUGUUCUGCACCGUGAAGCACAAGCGGGCAUCGGACACCUACAAGUCGUACUCCCCAUCCAUAGAUCCGCAGACGCGCACCAGCAGCUGGGAGGAUUGAACUCGAUUGUAGCUAGCGGCGAGAAUUUCUAAAGCGACGCCUCGAUCAAGGCUAUAUAUUGCAUAAUGUUUACUUCUAUAUAGAUGCAUAUAGAUAUCAGCUACUACUUCUUCUUCUUCUUCUUCUACGACUUGUUCAAGUUCUUUUGCGAAAUGUGCCAAAAAUUAAUUUAAACAUUAGUUUCCGUACGCCUUAUUAUAAUAAUUAUUAGUGAUGCAUCAUCCAAAAUCCCAGCUGAGCUCGCCGUUCGUUCGUCUAAUUAGUAUUUCCCUCUUAUUCAGUAUUCACUGUAAGCGACGGUGCGUGCCUCAGCUCAAUUCACUUUAUCCAACUAGCUUUCUGGUAUAUCCAUAUUGUGAUGUGCUCAUCUAGUUUAGAUAGCUCUCCCCAUAUAUAUAGAUCUAUUGGAACGACAACUGCCCGAAGGUUUAUAUAUGGCAUAUAGAUACAAUAUACAGAUAUAUAUCGAUAAAUAUAUAUAAAUAUAUAUAUUAUCGUAUGCGUAUAUAUCAAGCACAUUCCUAAA